CUCGAGCUGAGCGCGGCGGACAAGCUCCGCGUCGCGACGACCGAGCACGAGCGCGCCGAGGCGGCGGUGACGCGCGCCGAGGAGAACGGCGAGAAGCGACUGGGCGACCUCCGCGCGAGACUGGAGGAGACGGAGCUGCGCGUCGCGGAGACGAAGCGCGAGACGUUCGAGUUCAAGCGCGACGUCGUGUUGGGCGCGAUCGCCGCGGAGCGCGUGCAGCGCGCGAUGGAGCAAAGCAUUCACGCCAAGGACUCCGACGUCGGGAAGCUCGCGCUGAAGAACUCGACGCUUAAGGCGCAGGUCGCGAUGGCGGAGUCUCAAUUGAAGCAGAAGGAGGAGCAGGGCGACGCGCUGCAUCCGAUCGACUUCGAGCAGCUCAAGAUCGAGCACGAGCAGUACGUCCGGAAGAUCGAGGAGAAAAACGCAGAGCUGCUGCGGCUGAAGCGCGCGACUGGGAACGUCGUGGAACAGCUGUCGAAGACGAAGCGCAAGCUGUCGGACACGAUCAAGCGCGGGACGUGGCUCCGAGAUCAGAUGAUAUUCAAGAGGCAGCUCAGCGCGACGUUCGACGAGGCGCUGAAGCGCGCGGCGGUGGAGCACGCGGCGGCGAGGCGGACGAAUAAGUUGUUGAACACGACGGCGUCGAGCGACGAGAAUCCCGCGGUGACGGAUUACCUCCACGCGAAGCGCGCGGCGACGGAGUGGGAGAAGAAGGCGGGGGACUACGAGCGGAAGCUGGAGGUGGCGGAGAUG